GAUCAGCCCCAUAUCCAUUGCCGACGCUGUCGGCAAAUCCGCAUCCUUCUCUUCUCUUCUCUAUCUCUCUCUGGAAACGUAAAACCUAACAGCUCUCUCUCUCCAAAAAAAAUCAAUUUCUUUGACGCAGAUCCGGGUACGUAACGUUAGUUUGAGUCAAUCAAACGCCGAUUGGAUCUUACCGGCGUAACGUUGAUAAUGGCGGCAUCACGGCGUCUCCGUGACCUACAAUCGCAACCGGGCAACAGGAUCUGCGUUGAUUGUUCACAAAAGAACCCUCAGUGGGCCUCUGUAUCCUAUGGAAUCUUUAUGUGCUUAGAGUGUUCCGGAAAACACCGUGGCCUCGGCGUCCACAUAUCUUUCGUCCGAUCUGUCACCAUGGAUUCAUGGUCCGAGAUCCAGCUAUGUAAGAUGGAAUCCGGCGGCAACGAGAACCUUAACAAUUUUUUGGCCAAGUAUGGGAUCCCUAAAGAAACCGAUAUAAUUGCGAAAUAUAAUUCCAACGCGGCAUCGGUUUAUCGCGACCGGAUCCAAGCCUUGGCCGAAGGUAAACCAUGGCGGGACCCGCCAGUUGUGAAGGAAAGCCCGAUCAAAGGUGGCACUAAUAAGAAACCGCCGAUGCCGGGCGGGGGCGGAGGCAGGGCUGGUAGUAAUCGGGGAAAUGGAGGGUGGGAUGAUAAUUGGGGGGAUGGUUUUGACGAUGAAGGUUUCAGAUCUCCGGAUAAUAUGAGGAGAAAUCUGACAGUUGGAGAUUUUAGAAGCGGUAGCGGUGGUGGUGGCGCUCCGUCUAGGUCGAGAUCUAGUCAGGGUUUGUAUACGCAGUCGCAAUUAACGGCCUCUGCAGCCGGAAAGGAGGAUUUUUUCGCCAGGAAGAUGGCGGAGAAUGAAUCAAAGCCGGAGGGAUUGCCUCCCUCGCAAGGAGGGAAGUAUGUUGGGUUUGGGUCGUCGCCAAAUACCAUGCCACGGAGUAAUUCUCAAGGGGAUGUUUUCUCUUCGGUUACUCAGGGAAUUGGUAAGCUCUCUUUUGUUGCUGCAUCUGCUGCACAGUCGGCUGCCAAUGUGGUUCAAGCUGGUACAAAGGAGAUCACAACAAAGGUGAGAGAUGGGGGCUACGAUUACAAGGUGAAUGAAACUGUGAAUGUUGUGACUGCAAAGACAAGUGAAAUUGGACAAAUGACAUGGGGAAUCAUGAGAGGUGUGAUGGCAUUGGCCUCACAGAAGGUUGAAGAGUACACAAAAGAAGGUCCCUCGUGGAAGAGUGAUGAUUGGCCAAGAAACGAAACACAAGGAGGGGAUGGGUUUUAUCAGGAAUCCAAAGGUUGGAAUUCUAAUGCCGUCUCUGUCAGCUCAUCAGGCAGGAAUGUGAACUCUGUUGGUUCAGGAGGCAGCGCUUGGGAUGAUUGGGAUAACGAUGGGUAUAGAAAACCUGAUUCAGGAACUGCAUCUAAUAACGGAGGGGGGGACAGCUGGGCAGGUUGGGACGACGAUAAAGAUGGAGACGACGAUUUCUACCAGACCCCAUCAAAUGGUAAAACCGCUGCUGCUGCUGCUGCUUCAAGUGGGAAAUCAGACGGAAACUGGUCUGGCGCAGGCUUUCUCUAAGGUUAGUUCAAACCUAAAAGCUCAAAGGGUGGAGGAGAGAAGUGCGGUUUAUAUAUGUACAAUUGUGAAAAAGGUUGGGUAAUUGCCCAACUUAAAAGAGAAGUAAUACUAUAUAUGUUGAAGGCUUUAAAUUGUUUUCAUCUUUCAUUUUUAUGAUUCUGGUAAUGUACUUUGAAAUUAAACAUAAUUCAUUUGUAACUGUUGGUACCACAAGUUGAAACUUUAUAGUUAAAUUUAAGCUUUC